CUCACUGUCCUGGGUGCGCCUCGGGCCGCUGCGCUCCUGGCCAGCUCCCCCCAGCGCCUGGGAGGCGACCCCCGGUGUGCCUGGGUUCAAAGGCCCCGCAGGGCAGCUCCAGCCCCUCUGGGGGGCGGGGAGGCGACGGGGUGGUGCAGAAGCCUGAAAAGCCCGAGCCCACAGCCGGCCAGCUCCGCACAGGGAUGGGCAGCGCGCUCUGAAAGUUUGUGAUCGCCGCAGCCAACUCCUGGCGGUAGCUGGAGACGCAGCGAGUGAGCGGCCGGCCUCGAACCCCUGCGGCUAGAAGGCGAGGCCAGCUGUGCCUGGCCCCAGUGCCCUUUCGCAGCCACAAGCGGCCGUCCUUCUGGCACGGUGCUCCGGCGCCUGAUCUGGGUUCAUGGAGCCGGGGCUGUGGCUCCUUUUCGGGCUCACCGUGACCUCCGCGGCAGGAUUGAUGCCCUGCUCCCAGUCUGGGGAUGCUGGCAGGCGCGGAGUGUCCCAGGCCUCCACUGCAGCCAGCUGUCAGGGGGACUGUGAGGAGACUGUGGCUGGCCCUGUCGAGGGGACUGUGGCCCCCACAGCUCUGCAGGGUCCAAGCCCUGGAAGCCCUGGGCAGGAGCAGGCUGCCAAGGGAACCCCUGAGCACCACCGAUCCAGGCGCUGCACGUGCUUCACCUACAAGGACAGGGAGUGUGUCUACUAUUGCCACCUGGACAUCAUUUGGAUCAACACACCCGGACGGACUGUGCCCUAUGGACUGUCCAACAACAAAGGAAGGUUGCGGGGCAAGAGGUCUGCGGGGCUGCUUCCAGGGAGCCUGCCACUCUCACAGCGGCCACACUUGCGCUGCACUUGUGCGGAGAAAUAUGACAAAGCCUGCCUGCACUUUUGCACCCAAACUCUGGACGUCAGCAGUAAUUCAAGUACAGCUGAAAAAACAGACAAAGAAGAGGAAGGGAAGGUGAGAGGUGCCAACAGAGGCCUGUGUCAAAGGAGGUGAAGAUGUGACGUGUCAUUCCUUCUUGAGGGGGAGAGUGUUUUGAGGGGGUGGCAUUUGGUCUAGUCCAGUGGGGACCCCAGAUCUCAUGGGAUGCUGUACCCACAGGCAGUGGUGCCUUUGGUGGACCGCCUCUGGGGGCAGAGCAGGCUGAAGCUGUGGACGGUCGUGAUCACUUGCCUGGCCCUGGCCACCCUGCUCUGUGUCCUGGAAACCAGCCCUUGCAUCCCUCGUAGCUCUGGGCAGUGACAUCCUGCUUGGAUUUCACCUGGCUUGGAGAAAGCUGACCUACCACCGCUCUCAGAGGCCCCACAGGCUGCUCUACCCAGGCUUAUGCUUCACCUCUGCUUCCUUAGCAACAUGUGGUCUUUCUCCUCAAAAAAAAUCAUUUCUUCCUUUCAGCAGCUGAUUCUGGACAGAGGUGAAUCACAGCAGCUUGGCAGCAGGCCCCUUGGUUCUCCAAUUCAUUUUAUUAUUUUUUUUAACCCACUUGUGUUUUUCAUAUGAGAGAUCCUGAGGAUUUCCUGCAACCAGACUGUUUUUCUUUGUCCUUCUAUCAAUCAGAAGUUGUUAUUAAUGACUCAGCCGCACAUCUGCAAUGGGAUGGGAAUUUAUGUUCAUAAUAACGGCCUGGAGGUGGCUUGGGUUUCUACAGGGACUGAUCAAGGGAAGACGAAACCAUGCUCAGUAUACAGGAGGCUUUCCAAAUUGGUGGCAGAUCGCUUCCAGUCUAGUCCAGAGAGGGAUCUGUCAGCAUCCAUAAUAAAAAUGCAGCAGGAGGAGGAGGGCCGAGGUGGCAGAGACAGAGCCUGGGAGAGCAUGAGUCAGACCCAGAUGGUCCCACUUUGCCUCUUCAUUCUUUUUCCUCUUUUUCUCUUCCUCACCCCAAACCAAAGCUCCUCUCAGUGAGGGCGGGAUGUAAUUAAACCCAUCCAUCCAUUGCAUCAUUUAUUCAUUCACUUAUGCAUUCGUUCAGCAAAGACUUGUUGAGCACCUGCUAGGGGCUGGGCACCAUUCUGGAUGUUGGGGACACAGCAGGAGCAAGGCACAGGAUCUCUUUUAUGGAGCUUAACUAGUGGGGGAUGCAGACGGCAAACAAGUAUGUACAAUAUAAAGUGAGAUUGCAAAGGAUAACAAAGGCACAGCAAGGGUAGGGAGUGUGGGGUGGUUGUGAUUCGAGAUGGGGUUGAUGCAGCCUCGUCUUGAAAGGUGUUCUUCCAGGUCUCUAUGACUCAUGUAAAGCUCUUGUAAGAAGCUUUACUUGGGAAGAAAAAGUCUUUUAUGAAGCCAAUGUUCUUGCUUUCCUACAAGCUUCAAGUUAGUAAUUCCCAGACUCUUAUUCUCAGAGUGGAAGCUGCCGCCAUCCUUAGCUUGUGAUAAUCAAAGAUGGGGCCAGGCAGCGGGAGGGCUCCUAGCAGCCGUGUCUGCUGCUGUUUUUCUUUUCACGCCUUUCCAGUCUGGUGGUAGGCUCGGGAAUUGCUGAGAAGCACUGGCAAGAGGGUACGUACAGUUCCAAUCAGGGAACAGGCUGGAGAGGCAGUGGGAAGACGUUCCAUUUUCAGUUUCACAGAGCUACACUUUCAUAACACACCUUCUUUUUUCUUUUGCCUCCUUUCCCCAAGAUAGGUUGAAGUCAAGGACAGACAAAGCAAGCAGGCUUUAGACCUCCACCAUCCAAAGCUCGUGCCCAGCAGUGGACUCGCCCUCGCUCCGCCUACCUGCCCCCGCUGCCUCUUUCAUCAAGGAGCCCCUUAGGAGGACAGACCUGCAGCAUCCUCGUCUCGCGAGGUUUCUCUCCUUGCUCGCACACAGUUCAGAUUUCCACCUCUUUGUGGACAAGAAGUGAAUUUGCCUGGGGCAGGAAACCCACCCAAAGAGUCUCCACUUAACAAUACCCCCCUACUACAAGAAUGCCCAAAUCCAAAUGACCCCAGUUUUCCUAAUGGGUAAAAUGAUCCCAGAUGUGCUCCAGACCAUGACGCCCGCGGCUCCGGUUUCAUGCAGGAAAUUGUGUUUGAGAGGUUUGGCAAGCUGAAAGCCACUUACUGGCUUUUGACAUGACUUCUCUUGCAGAAUAAGUGGACUCCAAAGCUAACUCUCUGCAAAUGUAAACAUGUGUCCAUUUUGUAACAAAUGCAAAAUGCCCAUGCAGCAGGGGCAUGUGACUUUCAUAUCCUGAAAGUCAGACCUAGAAUAGGCCGCAUGGCAUAAGUCAGUGACGGACACGACGCGUCGGCUUUAGACACGGAUCAUAGCUGUACAGGAGUUUAUGAAUUUGAAGCUUAUGGGAUUUAGGCAGAGAAAUUUUCAGCUGUGCUUGAUACCCACCAAAAGAAUGUAUCUUGAAAGAAAGAAGAAAGAAGAAAAAAGGCACCUUGGUGUUUGUGAUGAGAAAAGGAGAAAGUAUCUGCAACAUGGAGCUUAUUCUUGUUCAGUGACUGACCUUCCGUAUUCUUUGUAGACACCAGACGGAUACACAAUGGAGUUCCCGGGCCUUGUUUGCAGGAAGCUGACUGUAAAGACAGCCCCAGCUCAAGGCUAUUAGGUUGAAUAUUUGCUUUCAUGAAUAAAUGUGGAUCUUUGGGAAAUGGCUUCAAAAUAAGCCACGAACACAAAUUCUUUGUAAAUUAUGUAAAUUCCUAUUUAUCUUUAUAAUUGGCAACAACUGGGAAUUGUAUUGCCUGACAGUUCAAAAUCUCUUUCAGCUGCACUCGUCCUGCCAAGCUGAGCUUACUGUGAGUGUGGAAAUGUGACUCUGCCAUGUGAAGUCGCCUGCGCAGGGGAGAGGCUGCCCAUCUCCCCACCCAGCUGCAGAGAUAGGAACCGGCAUUUAAGUGGGUGUCCAGGGCCCCAUAUGGAGACAUUUAAGAUGGUGUAUGACAGAGCAUUGGCCUUGACCAAAUGUUAAGUUCUCUAUGUGUAUUUCAUAAGUUAUUACAGGUAUAAAAGUGAUGACUUAUCAUGAGGAAAUGAAAGUCGCUGAUUUGCUGGUAGAAUUUUGUACAGUUUAGAGAAGCAAUUAUUUAUUGUGAAACUGUUCUCCAACUCCUUCAUGUGGAUCUGUUCAGAGUAGUCACUGUAUAUAUGUACAGACAGGUAGAUCGGUAGGUAGGUUUUAAAUCGUGUCCUGAAUCCAAAAUCAUAUUCCUUAGAGCUUAAAUUACAUUUAAAAAAAUGCAUAUGCGCUGUUUGGCACCGUGGCAAGAUGGCAUCUCAGAGAAACUCAUUCAUUGCUUGAACACUCAGAAAAUGCUGUCAAAAGCAUAAUAAAAAAUCUAAAAAUUUGCUCUGA